CUCCGCAUUUCUGUGUUGCGUAACAGUUUUAAUUGAUGUUGCCAUGAUUGCACCUCUCUUAUAACAAACAAAUCUUGAAACUUUUCAUCUUUGUGUAAAUGUCACUCAGACCCAGCUCUGACAUUUUCAGUUCGUUUAUAACACUAUGGUUUCCUUGUUCUGUUUCCUGGACGCAUGACAAAGUAUAGUAUUUCUGUAACCGUGCAGCUGAGCGUCUGCAGCUCGAGGCGUCAGUAUCGCUCAUGUCCCAGCACGUCUCAAACAUUUGCUUACUCUACUCAUACUCAAAGCACUGCGGCGUAGUGUAAAUGUUUAAAUUCCAGCGCAUUUUGCCAACCUUAAGGUCGCUAUCCAAAGUGUGCGCACCUAACAACGCAUUUCAAAGUCAUAUUAUCAGCCCACUCUCCUGUUCCACACAUUCCAGUCUCUGUUUCACCUUUCUAUGCAAGCCUCCAGCAGGACUCGGGAGUGGCUUUUGGUGACCUCAGGGUGCGCCCUGAGCGGCUGACACGCAGAGCUGCGCAAUGAUCGAGGCUGAGCGCAUAGGUGGGAUCUGGAACAAUGGUUGUGUAGCGACUGAAGAGCGAAAUCAUCCAAAGAAUCUCUCCUAGACUUUUUAUUUGAUUUUUUUUUUUUUUUUCAAAUAAAAAAAAAAUGUCUAAGCGAGUCAGACUGGGCUAUUACCGCCAGGAAGUAAACAAAACCUCAUGGGAAGUACCGGAGCGGUACCGGGAGCUGAAGCAGGUGGGGACCGGGGCGUACGGGACGGUGUGCUCAGCAGUGGACUCCAGAACAGGAACCAAAGUGGCAAUCAAGAAGCUGUACAGACCUUUCCAGUCGGAGCUCUUCGCCAAGCGGGCCUACAGGGAGCUGAGGCUUCUCAAACACAUGAAACAUGAAAAUGUGAUCGGCCUAUUUGAUGUGUUCACUGCUGACCUCUCCCUGGACAGAUUCCAUGACUUUUAUCUGGUGAUGCCGUUCAUGGGGACAGAUCUGGGGAAGCUGAUGAAGCUACAGAGGCUGUCAGAGGAGAAAAUUCAGUAUUUGGUUUAUCAGAUGCUCAAGGGGCUUAAGUAUAUUCAUUCUGCUGGUAUAAUUCACAGGGACCUUAAACCAGGAAAUCUCGCCAUCAACCAAGACUGUGAGCUCAAGAUCUUGGACUUUGGUUUGGCGCGGCAGGCAGACAGCGAGAUGACGGGGUAUGUGGUGACUCGGUGGUACAGAGCCCCAGAGGUCAUCCUGAGCUGGAUGCACUACACUCAGACGGUGGACAUUUGGUCUGUGGGCUGCAUCAUGGCAGAGAUGCUGCAAGGAAAACCUCUUUUUAAAGGCACCGACCACCUAGAUCAGCUGACUGAGAUCAUGAAGCUCACAGGAACUCCAACUCAGGAAUUUAUAUCAAAACUAGAGUCUGAGGACGCCAAAAGCUACAUCAAAAGCCUCCCAAAAGUGGAAAAGAAAGACCUUCAGAAGGUCUUUCCCACAACUAAUCCACAAGCUGUGUCUGUGCUGGAGCGCAUGUUAUUGCUGGAUCCGGAGAGCCGAGUAACCGCUUCAGACGCUCUCAGGCUGCCUUACUUCAGCGAGUACAGAGAACCGGAGGAGGAGACAGAAGCACAGCCGUACGACCACUCGCUAGACAACACAGACCAGCCCCUGGAUCAGUGGAAACGUCACACCUUCACAGAGAUCUUGACCUUCAAACCAGUUCUGCCAGAUUCCAAAGAAACUGCGCUGUAAGACACAAAGAGUCGGCUGUGCUGCGUGGGGCCAAAACAAACUUCCAUGUCUUUUUAUCUUGAUGUCAAGUGAGCGUAAUGAAUGCCUGUGGAUCUAAUUCACAAUUCUAUUAUAAGUGCAAGUUCCCAAGUUUUGGAUUUGACUUUCAACAUCAUGUUGGUCCAGAGGCUUGUUUCCUGACUUUAGCGUCAGAUCUUUCAUGCACAUCCUAAUGAGCUGAAGAUGCUGUACAUCACGUAACACUAUUCUUUGAUAACUAAGUUAUCAAAGAAUUUUGUUUUAUAUUAUGUACAAUUUCAGUUUCACUUCUGUGGUACCUAUACCUUGUAAGAGUUUGUUGUUGUUGUUUGUUUAUUGUUUUUUUUUUUUUUCAGAAUAAAUCCUACCAAUUUGGUUUAAAGUUCAAAUCAGAUAAUUUCACAUUUUAGCAGGCAAUAUUGUAGUCAAGCUAACUCUUCUAAUAAUUCUAGAUGUAUCUUGGUGAAAUUUGUUGUUUAAUGAGGUUGCAUCGUUUGAGCCAUUUGCAUCAGUAAAAGCAAAAUAUGAAGGUAAUACAUCAGGAUAAUGCAUCACCCUGAAAUGAAAUGUAAAUUAAUGAGAAUUACUUCAUGGACAGUAUUUUUCUUAUUUCCAUCUUGAAUUAUGUUGCCUUCCCCCUUAGUGACUACAUGUCCUUAAAAGACAUUAGAUUGAAUGUCCUUGUGUGUGUGUGUGUUUGUGUGUGUGCGUGUCUGUGUGUAGUCUACAUGUCCUCUCUGACCUCGUUAUUCCUCCCAGUGGCCUUAAAAUAAUGAAAAAACAAAUACACUGCUGAGAUGCCAAUCACACAACAUUAAUCCCAGCAGGUUGUGCACAAACAUUCACAUUUUAAUUUUUAUACCAAAAACAGAUUUUCAACUGAUUAUGUUGGGCUUGUUUUUCUUAACACAGAAAGUAGCACAAAGCACAUUAUAUGUGUUGAUUUGUAGAUUCAUGUUUCUCAUGCAUUUUUAUCAUUAAAUAUUCUCUUUGAAAAUUGUGCUUGUUUUUUCAGUCACCCAGCCAUACUUUGUUUGCGUGUUACUUGUGUUAAACAAUGGAUUUUGGCUUAUGAUGUGUUGUUCAAUAAAGAAGUGGUGUAACAAUCA